GGUAGAAGGCAGCAAGGAGACAUUUUCAGACGCCCUAAUGCGUGUGUAGCGACCGGCGGCGCGGCGGCUGCCCAGAGUGGUUGCUACAGGGUUGGAGCGAUUCCCAAGGAACGGGGGCAGGCGCGGGGGCAGGGCUCGGGUGUCCCCACCCUCAUCCCCCUGUCGCCUCCCAAGGGAGCCCAGGCAGUAGCGCGCUGGUCCGGGGGCCAAGAACCAGGCACUCUAGGCACGCCUCUGCCUCCUGGGUUCGGCCUCAGUCUCCUCCUCCGGGUAGUGGGUUUGCUGCGGAGUUGGAAGAACGGCUCUUGUAGGCCCGCCCGAGCCCGCCCCUCGCCAGAACCUCCCCCAGGGUUCGGGCACAGCAGAGUCUCGCGCCCUGCCGCCGCCCCCGGGUCCCGGACGAGAAGGAACUGGCUGGCGGCCGCGGGCGGGGAGCAGGGCCCGGGACGCGCGCGGAGCUGGGCGCUGCGGGGCUCGGCAGCGGAGUUCCCCCGCGGGGGCGGCGCGCCGGGCGGGGACGGGGUCCAAGAGCCCCGGGAGCGGCGGGGAGCGCCAGGAGGUCCGGCGGCGAGCGUGACCUCACGGGGAGGGGCUAGCGCGGCGGCCGGGGCGCGGAGCCGAGAGCGAAGAGUGCAGCGCCGGAGCCGAGCGGCCGGGAGCGCACGCCGCGGCCCCGAUGGAGCGGUACAAAGCACAGGGGUGUUGCUGUCUGGUGGUACAGAGAAGGAUCCUGCAGGUUUCUGCCUCCCUGGAGCAGCUGUUGACAGAGCUGGAUGACUUCCUCAAAAUUCUCGACCAGGAGAGCCUGAGCAGCACCGCCGUGGUGAAGAAGAGCGGCCUGGCUGAGCUCCUCCAGCUUUACACCAAAAGCAGCAGUUGUGAUGAGGAGUACAUUUAUAUGAACAAAGUGACCGUCAACAAGCAACAGAAUGCUGAGUCCCAAGACAAAGCACCCGAGGAGCAGAACCCACUGACCAACGGGGAGCCUGGCCAGCACUCUUUGGCCCCUCAGAAGAGUCUUCCAGACCUCCCGCCACCCAAGAUCAUUCCAGAACGGAAACAGCUCUCCAUCCCAAAGAUCGAGUCUCCAGAGGGUUACUAUGAAGAGGCUGAGCCGUAUGACACAUCCCUCAAUGGUCAUUCUGGCGGAUUUUCCCCCACUGCAGUCCCCAGAUGGGUGCAGGUGCCUGAAGGAGUCAUUUACGCCACGAUCACCUUGGAGGACGGAGAGGCGGUGAGCAGCUCCUACGAGUCCUAUGAUGAAGAGGAAAACAGCAAGGGCAAGUCGGCCCCCUACCAGUGGCCCUCGCCUGAGGCCAGCAUCGAGCUGAUGCGCGAUGCCCGCAUCUGUGCCUUCCUCUGGCGCAAGAAGUGGCUGGGGCAGUGGGCCAAGCAGCUCUGCGUCAUCAAGGACACCCGGCUCCUGUGCUACAAAUCCUCCAAGGACCACAGCCCGCAGCUGGACGUGAGCCUGUUGGGCAGCAGCGUCAUCCACAAGGAGAAGCAGGUGCGGAAGAAGGAGCAUAAGCUGAAGAUCACACCGCUGAACGCCGACGUCAUCGUGCUGGGUCUGCAGAGCAGGGACCAAGCGGAGCAGUGGCUCAGGGUCAUCCAGGAGGUGAGCGGCCUGCCUUCAGAAGGAGCGUCCGAGGGAAGUCAGUACACCCCAGAUGCCCAGCGCCUGAACUGUCAGAAACUAGAUAUAACGGAGAAGUACCUGUCAGCCCCGGAAUAUGGAAGCUCCAUAGAUGGCCACCUUGAGGUCCCAGAGGCCAAAGAUGUCAAGAAGAAAUCUUCUCCUGGCCUCAAACUGAGCAACCUAAUGAACCUGGGCAGGAAGAAAUCAACGUCGCUGGAGCCUCCGGAUAGAUCCCUCGAGACAUCCAGUUACCUGAACGUGCUGGUGAACAGCCAGUGGAAGUCACGCUGGUGCUCCGUCAGGGACAGUCACCUGCACUUCUACCAGGACCGGAACCGGAGCAAGGUGGCCCAGCAGCCGCUCAGCCUGGUGGGCUGUGAGGUGGUCCCGGACCCGAGCCCUGACCACCUGUACUCCUUCCGCAUCCUCCACCGCGGCGAGGAGCUGGCCAAGCUCGAGGCCAAGUCUUCUGAGGAAAUGGGCCACUGGCUAGGCCUCCUGCUCUCUGAGUCGGGCUCCAAGACAGACCCGGAAGAAUUCACCUAUGACUACGUGGAUGCUGACAGGGUGUCCUGUAUCGUGAGUGCGGCCAAAACCUCUCUGCUGCUGAUGCAGAGAAAGUUCUCAGAGCCGAACACUUACAUCGACGGCCUGCCCAGACAGGACCGCCAGGAGAUGCUGUAUGACGACGUGGAGACAUCGGAGCUGACGGCCGUGGUGGAAACUCCCGAGGAAGCGGCCCCUGGGACAGAUGCUCCGAGCGAGUCCCAGCCUGACCGAGUCUACCUGGACCUCACACCUGUCAAGUCCUUUCUGCACAGCCCCAGCAGUGCACAGGCCCGGGCCCAGUCCCCACCGCCACCCCACCUGGACCCCCCAGCCGAGGCUCUCCCUGCAGACCCGGGCCCUGCCCCAGACGAGCCCCUGGGAGAGUCUCCAGAGAGCCCCGAGUUGCAGCAGACGCCGCGGCAGGAGAGUCCAGAGCCCGAGGAGCCUUCCCCGAGAACCACAACCGUCAAAAUCCAGACCGAACAGCAGAAGAUCUCCUUCCCGUCAAGCUGCCCCGACACUGCGGCCGUCACCCCAGCUGGGGCCAGUCCACCUGUGAAGGACAGGUUGAGGGUGACCACUGCAGAGAUCAAACUUGGCAAGAAUAGGACAGAAGCUGAGGUGAAGCGGUACACAGAGGAGAAGGAGAGGCUGGAGAAGAAGAAGGAAGAAAUCCGGGGGCACCUGGCUCAGCUUCGGAAAGAGAAACGGGAGCUGAGAGAGACUGUGUUAAAAUGCACAGACAAGGGAGUCCUGGCCAGCCUGGAGCAAAAGCUGAAGGAGAUCGACGAGGAGUGCAGGGUCGAGGAGAGAAAGCGUGUGGACCUCGAGCUCAACAUCGUGGAGGUGAAGGACAACCUGAAGAAGGCGGAGGCCGGGCCCGUGACACUGGGCACCACUGUGGACACCACCCACCUGGAGAACGUGAGCCCCCGGCCCAAAGCUGCCACCCCCACCCCUGCCCCAGACUGUACCCCAGUCAACUCUGCAACAGCGCUCAAGAACAGGCCUCUUUCGGUCAUGGUCACGGGCAAAGGCACCGUCCUCCAGAAAGCGAAGGAAUGGGAGAAGAAAGGAACAAGUUAGGAAACAAGCUUCAUGAUCUAAAGACUCUCCUGCCAGCAUGGACCUUGGUGACAAUCCUGCUUCAUUAAAGUCUACGUUAAAGCAGCAACUCUGUGAAAAGAUGAGUCUGCUCAGGAGGAGGACGGACUCUGGUACUCUGGGUAGAGAGCGCUGGCCAAGAGGAGGCUCUGCCCGUUUUCAGAGAGAAGGCUUCUCUGGAGACCUACCUGCUCCUGGAGGGAAACAGGACAUUGUUGUAUUUAGGGGUAUUCUGUGUUUCUUCAUCAGCUGUUUUGUCAAGCUUUUUAAGGAGUGAAAAAGCAUCUGAUGGUGGGACUUUGGUGGAAAAGAAAUCAAGGUAGCAGGAACCCUGGUCCACUGGCCCCGUGGCUUUGGUGACCAAGGAGACCUCACUCAUCCAAGCGUCCACUUCUCUCUAACAUUAGCAGCUCCGACGGAGUCUUUCGUGGUUUUAAACCGCAUCGCUACCACCUGUGCGAAGCCCUCCAUGACAUGCUUUUCGGGAAACAGGAACAGAGGAGAAUAUUUGGGACCAAGCUGAGGUGCUGUCCCCACUAAGUUAAGGACUUUUUUUCAGCCUAAAGCAGGCCUGAAUCAAUUGCUUUUAAAGAAAAUUUUAAAUGAUGCUGUAUUAUAUAGAAAAAAAUGUUUAAAAUCCUGUAAUUUAGAACAGCAAAGUGUCUUUUUCAGAUUUAAAAGUACCUUUUUGAGGUCUUUUUACAUCACUGUAGGAGGAAAGAUUACCCAGUGUUUACAUAUGCAGUCCUGUGGCCUGGCCGUUUUUAGGGGAAAAGUUCUAUUGCUUAGUGCUCUAGGCCCCUUCCAAGAAAAACGUGGUGAAUGCUGUUUCGGGUUGAUGCUCUUCUCCUCCUAAGAUCGGCAGUACUGUUCUUUGUGUCGUGUCUUCUGAUGCAGUGCUUUGUGUGUUUUUAACACCGAUUGAAACAUUUCAUCUGUCGUUCUGGCUUCUUCCUGGGGCUUGUCAAUCAGCGUCCCCUAACGCUGCUUCCGGAGAACUAAAGGUCUUUUGAUUUCUGUUGUCUUCCUAAUCCCAGGGCAUUUAUUUCCUUUGUCAUAUACACUUGGUGUCCUUUACCAAG